ACAGAUGUUUGCUGUUGAUAUACUAUCUCAAUUCUCAUAGCAAUGAACAUCCCAGUCAUUGCAGGGUUGCACACAUAAAACUUCUAGGAAACUUUUCCAGACUUACAUAUUGAUUUUAAGCACGAACUAGUCAGCAUUAUGGUGGGUUGAUUAGAAAGUUCGUGGAGCUUUUACGAAGUUUAAUUUAUGAAGAGAACAUUUCAUUGUUCUUUUGCUGAUUACAAGCAUAAGUGAAGGUUCUACAAUUUCAGCAUAUCAUUGUAGACUUCCCAGGCAAAAUUCAUAAAGUAUUAUAUUUAAACUUUGUAACUUGUUUUUUUUUGCUGCUUUAAAACAAUAUAUUUACUGCAAAAAAUUUGAAUAGCAUGUUAAAGUUUAGUAGGCUGUUGUAUUUUUAGUCCGAAACUUGUAGAGCCGAAUAAAAAAUAUAAACAAUUUUUCAGUUCUUCUUCUCAACAUUAAACAAAAGAAUUAGAGAAUAGAUAAGAGAUGAAAGACUCCUGCAGAAGGUAAGUAAAGAAAUUGCCAUAUUUUAUGAAUUUUAUACAAAAACGAAGAGUAUAAGAACAUUUAUUAGAUCAAAAACUUUUAGCUCGCAUUUAAAAUGUAAGACUAGUAUAAGGUAUUUCAUUGAAGCAAUGAUUUGAAGCAUUUUUAAUAUUUUCUUGCAAAACGCGAAAUUCUAUCUCGAUCUUGUUCUCAAUUCCUUUUUGGCCCAUGUUUCGUUUAAUGUGUUUAGUACCUACAUUUAAUAGGACAAGCUAGUUCCACUCAUUGCUUAUAGUUUUUUGACUUCUACAAAUUAUUUUUGAUUUUGUGAAUAUUUGCGGUUUUAACCCUUUCGCGUCUAAUUUGUUUAGUCUUGACUAAACAAAUAAGACAAAAACUAUGAAAAUUUUAAAAUAUUUUUCAUAAAAUACAUCGAAAGAGAAAAGAUUUUUCAAUAGAAUCAACCCCAAAAUUUUAAGAAUUUAUUCAAGAAUUGGAUAUCUUGUCUUCAGACUACGUUCUCGAUCACUGCACUAACUGAAUUUGUUAAAAUAAAAUUUAGAAGAAAAAUGCUGAACUUUCUCAUCAACUAUGUGGCACUUUUGGUAGCCGGAGUAAAGAAGUUCCAGAUAAAACGUCGACCCUGUUGUGUGAUGUAUACACAAACCAAUGAGUGCACUUCCCAGCAUAAAACACACCAUGAUCCAUAAGCUAAACAAGACAUUACUUCUAUACUAAACUGUGUAUAUUGGUAUUUUCCAUAAUAUACGGAAUGAGGAGAAGAUGAUAAUAUUGGGAGGUUUUAUUAAUAGAAUUUGUAAUAUCUUUGGUGAGAAUAGUUUUUGGCCGUUUUGGCCAAAAAUUCCUCUCUUGUGCCGAAGACUUUUUGGCGGGAAAAUUUGCAGAGGUUAAGUGGGAAAUGGAAUGUGCACAACGUGGGUAAAAUGUGGAUACAAAAUGUGCAUGAGAUUGAUGCAGAAAUUACCUUUUUGUAAUUUUAUCUAUCUAUGAAGGGUACACCUUUCGGGGUGAGCUCAUUUCCUUUUCACCGUAAAACCCAUUUGAGUUUUUCGGUGUAUUAUAAAUUGUUCUGUUGAGCUGGGAAAGGGAGCACGGGAGGAGGAGGAAGAAGAAAUCCCUCAGGUAGACGAAGUUGUUGGGAGGUUUUAGUAUAAGGUCUCUGUUAGUAAUGAUGCAAAAUAAUAGGGCGACGUGGAUGUGUGCGCUGUAUGAAUAGUAAAAGAUAAUACUCUUGAAAAUGCUAUUGGAUUUGAGGUUGUUUUUUUUUUAUUAUUUCAUUUCAUUUCAUUCUUUCGUAUGUAAGCUCCGACUAUGAAAUGGGUGAGGGAAUAUAGAAAAGAAGAAGAAUGACUAAGAAGAAUAAUUUUACUGUACAAUAUCAAAUACACAAUUGAAAAAUGGAUGAAUGUGUGCCUUAUUACCUCGCUAUUUUCACAAUUUUACUCCACACGUCUCUUUCUCUUUUCAUUUUAUUAUACAUAUAGUAAUAUAAAAUUGUACAUUUGUGUGUAUUUGAGAAAAUAUUAAAUUCAAAAAGUUAGUUGUACUCAAUACAUGCUAGUCGACGGUACGGUGUGAGCCCCAUAGUUUUUGGGAUUUUUGACGGAAUUAUAUCAUAGUUGUGGCACAAAGUCAUAAAACAUAAUAAACUAAGCUCUGUACGAGCCUUGUCUUUUGCGCCCAAAUAGCACCGUCUCGCUCGCUCUCUUUUUUUUUCGGGUAAAGAAUAUUUUAAAAUAAGCAUGGAGUAUUACUGCUAUGUUUUAUGUGUUUAAUAAUAAUUCCAAGUAUCGACCGUGUGCCUUUCCCAUUGAGGCCGGGUGAGAUAGUGGAAGAAGUGUGUGAAGGAGCCACAAAUACAGGAGAAAGAACCCCGACUUGCGCUUCGCAUUUAGUCACAGACUAAGAGCUGUGGUAGUCGUGAGAAUUUAGUUGACGAGACAACACCGAGGGUGAGUGCUUCCAGCUUAUAGCAGCUGCUAACCGUCGUCCCCUACAUUGGCCAUCCCUGUCGCACCUAGGAGGAAAACUCCUUUAACCGUCUUUACCGGGAUUUUCCACAUUCGGGAUCUCAACUACUCAUAUAUAGCAAGACUGGAGAAAAUCAUGGGGCACGAAUUUGAGGCGUUGACGCGCUUCAAGAAGCGCGAGCGUACACAGAAUUGGACAUUCUCCGAGAAGAAAUUCCUCCUUGAUCUGUGUCGCAGGGAUAUGAAGAUCAUUGAGAAUAAGAGGCUCGAUAGUGCAUUAAUUGCACUCAAGAAUAGAGCAUGGAAGCUCAUCCAUCAGCGCUUUGCACGCACCUUUGGACCCGAUCGCAAUUGCAACAGGCUCAAGGAGCAAUUCCGCAGGAUGAAGGCACUUUCGCGAUCGGAGAUCAUGGACUACAGUCACAGGCUGAGUCGCUUUGGGCAGGAUGUGGCGGAUAGAAAGCGCCCCAGUUCGUUCUCAUUUGAAAUAUGGGAAUUCAUGCAGGAAGCCAAAAGGGUUUGCAAGUCUGAGUCAAUGGAUAAUGUGGACUACUCGAAGAUGGAGUCAUCCCUCGAACGGGAUGGCUAUGAGAAUAGCGAUAGUAGUCAUCAGGAAGAUGAUUCCUUGUGCACGACAAUCAUGAAUAAAACAUCCCACCAUAACAUGGACAUGUGCGAGGUGCAGAUCAAGGAGGAACCAUCGGAUGUUGAGUGUACCAGCGCUGAUCUCCCAUCUCCAAAGCAAAUGGAAGUUCCAAUGGACAGAGACAUGCCAGCUACAGAUCUCAGUGCCAUCGCAGCUACGAUCAACACUGUCAAUCACAUGCAGAACAUCAUGCCACGCGAUCGUUCCAUCCAGACUGAUGUGUCCGACUUCAAUAUGAAGGAGUUCUACGAGAUGCAAGUCCGCGAGCAUACACUCCGCAUGGAUAUUCUAAAGCUGCAAUUUGAGACGGCCAAGUAUAAUCGGGACAUUGCGAAGCUCAAUAUGAAUUUAACACUGAAGGCAAUGCAACCCAAUAAGGGAUGAAGCUGUGAGGCUAUGCUAAUUAUCCCCAAAAACAUAAUACCGUCAGUAUUUUAGAAACAUAUUUUUGCAUACUAUACCUCAUUUCUCACCGCGUAACAUGCUGUAAACCUCGUCGGAAAAAAGGGGUUUCUCAAUGUAGGAAUUUAACUUGUACACCAAAACGAGCCCAAUGACCGUUUUUAACUCGCCUUCCAUUUGAAUUUCAUGAAGUAUAAUAAUUUUGAAGUCGUUUUCGCUAAAGAGUUUGUGUCUCUGCUAUGGACUUUAGAAUUUAAUCAUUUAUUAUGUUCUUGAAUUGAUUUUUCAAUAUGUAUUUAAUUCAUAUAAUUUUAGUUUAAGAAAAUUUACUGAAUUAUUUAUAUAAUAAUUAAAGAAAAAAUUCUAAUACUAUAUUUAGGAUAAUCUUCUUUAUAAUUUUCUCUGUUUAAACCUUUCAAUAUGAAGGCUCUGAAAUAAAUUAGAACAGUAUUUAAAAA